ACUGCAAUGGAUAAGCAACGUAAUAUCAAUUCAGACUUGAAUCAUAAGUCUAAUGUUGCGUUCCCAAGUACUGAUACAGAACUAUUUUUGGAGAAGGAUGCUGCAGAGUUAUACACACGUGAAAUAUUUUAUAAAUUCCAGAAACAAGUACGAGAUGCUUGUUUCCAUUUGGUAAUAAAGGAUAUGAGUGGUGUUGAAGUAAAGAAGUUUGUUUUACAUGAUCUUAAAGCUGCUAAAGAAUUUCAGGUUUUGCACAUUUUGGAAAAUCAUAAACUUGAGUGUUCUUGUAGGAUGUUUGAAAGAAUUGGUUUGCCAUGCAGUCAUUUGAUUCUUGCAUUAAAACAAGUUCCUGUGCACAAGCUGCCAAGGCAUCUUGUUCUGAAUAGAUGGAUGAAAAAUGCUGAGAAAAAUGCAACAAGAUUUGUUUCAAGCACAUCAAGUGAUGAUAAAGAGAAAUUUAGUGUUAUUGUGAAUGAUAUUUGGUUUGAUUUCAAUUCGUGUAUGGGGUUGGCUGGUGACAAUAAAGAAGCACUUGAUUUGAUUCAAAGUUGUCUAAAAGAUGUAAAACAGAAGUUACGUGGUUGGAAAUUUGAAGGGAAGCUAGUUGUGGGAAACAAGAAAGAUGUUGUUGAAAAGUUUAUUGGAUCAGAGAUUCCAGUUAACAUUGAAGUCAAGCCUCCAAAUCAAUGUCGGAACAAAGGGUGUGGAACAAAGAGAAUUAAGAGUGCUGCUGAAAAAUCAACUAUACUUUCUGGUAAACUAAAGAGGAUUUGCAGGUAUUGCAAGACAGAAGUUUAUCAUGACUUUAGGAAUUGUCCUGUAAGAAAAAUGCAAAAUUUGGAUGAGAAUUCUGCUGGGAAGAAGAAACAAAAACAAAGUACAGACAACAGUGAAAGUGGCAUGGGUGACAAUUUUGAACUCUAGUUUUUGUAUAGUUGAAUAUUUGUUAUUUUGAAGUUUUGUUUUGUUGAAUUCUUAUAUAAAUAAUGUUGAACACAUAUACUUUCAUUCUUGAAUUUCUAUAUAAAUAAUGUUGAACACAUA